ACUGCAGCUGCCAUGGAUAUCAGCUAACAACACACACCCAGGGUGCGCGCGCUCCCACUCGCCGCGCGCAGGAGUGGCCCCCGGCAUCCCUACCCUCCUUCCCCACCCCCACCCAGCCGCUCACCAGCUCGGCUACUGCUCGCUCAGGCUGCCGCCGCCGCCACAGCUCUCCUCUGCUGCGGGGCCACAGCCUUGAGUGUCAUUCCAGGGACAGCACAACCUCACCCAAGCUCUCUUACCUCUGCCCAGCCGUCCCUCUCAUCCUCCCCCUUCCUCGUCCACACUCCAUCCAAAGAAGAGGGAAAGCACCGAGCAGAGGGGGAGGAAGCAAAGUCUGCUCUUCUCACGUCCUGGUCCCCUCGCUCGUCCAUCCUCAUUCUCUCACACCAGCCCCUCUACCCCAGAGGAAUCCCUCAGGAGCUGAGGCGAUUCACCCCACUGCCAUGUCCAAAAGCUUGAAAAAGAAAAGCCACUGGACUAGCAAAGUCCAUGAGAGUGUCAUUGGCAGGAACCCGGAGGGCCAGCUGGGCUUUGAACUGAAGGGGGGCGCCGAGAACGGACAGUUCCCCUACCUGGGGGAGGUGAAGCCCGGCAAGGUGGCCUAUGAGAGCGGCAGCAAGUUGGUGUCGGAGGAGCUGCUGCUGGAAGUGAACGAGACCCCCGUGGCGGGGCUAACCAUCAGGGACGUGCUGGCCGUGAUCAAACACUGCAAGGAUCCCCUCCGGCUCAAGUGUGUCAAGCAAGGAGGAAUUGUUGAUAAGGAUCUCCGUCACUACCUCAACUUACGAUUUCAGAAGGGGUCUGUGGACCAUGAACUUCAGCAAAUCAUUCGUGACAACCUCUACCUCCGCACGGUGCCGUGCACCACAAGGCCACAUAAGGAGGGUGAGGUCCCUGGAGUGGACUAUAUUUUCAUCACCGUUGAAGAUUUUAUGGAAUUGGAGAAAAGUGGUGCCCUCCUAGAAAGUGGGACUUAUGAAGACAAUUACUACGGUACCCCGAAGCCUCCAGCAGAACCAGCACCAUUGUUAUUAAAUGUAACAGACCAGAUACUUCCAGGAGCCACUCCAAGCGCUGAAGGAAAACGGAAGAGGAAUAAAUCAGUGAGCAACAUGGAGAAAACAAGUAUAGAGCCUCCUGAGGAAGAAGAGGAAGAGAGGCCUGUGGUCAAUGGAAACGGAGUAGUCGUAACACCAGAAUCCAGUGAACAUGAAGACAAGAGUGCAGGUGCCUCAGGGGAGACACCCUCCCAGCCUUAUCCUGCACCAGUGUACAGUCAGCCUGAGGAGCUGAAGGAGCAGAUGGAUGAUGCAAAACCAACUAAACCUGAAGAGAAUGAGGAAUCAGACCCAUUGCCUGAUAACUGGGAAAUGGCUUAUACAGAGAAGGGUGAAGUCUACUUCAUUGACCAUAACACAAAGACAACAUCAUGGCUGGAUCCACGACUUGCGAAAAAGGCUAAACCUCCCGAAGAGUGCAAAGAAAAUGAGCUUCCAUAUGGCUGGGAAAAAAUCGAUGAUCCCAUAUAUGGCACUUAUUAUGUUGACCACAUAAAUAGAAGAACACAGUUUGAAAACCCUGUCCUGGAAGCGAAAAGGAAGCUACAGCAGCAUAACAUGCCCCACACAGAACUUGGAGCCAAGCCCCUGCAGGCCCCAGGUUUCCGAGAAAAACCGCUCUUCACCCGGGAUGCAUCCCAGUUGAAGGGAACUUUCCUCAGCACCACCCUAAAAAAGAGCAACAUGGGUUUUGGAUUUACCAUCAUUGGUGGAGAUGAGCCUGAUGAGUUUCUGCAGGUUAAAAGUGUCAUUCCGGAUGGGCCUGCAGCACAGGAUGGAAAAAUGGAAACAGGUGAUGUCAUUGUCUAUAUUAACGAAGUGUGUGUCCUUGGACACACUCAUGCAGAUGUAGUCAAACUUUUCCAGUCUGUUCCUAUUGGUCAGAGUGUCAACCUGGUAUUGUGUCGUGGCUACCCUUUGCCCUUUGAUCCUGAAGAUCCUGCUAACAGCAUGGUGCCACCCCUUGCAAUAAUGGAGAGGCCACCUCCAGUGAUGGUCAAUGGAAGACAUAACUAUGAAACAUAUUUGGAAUACAUUUCUCGGACCUCACAGUCGGUUCCAGAUAUAACAGAUCGGCCGCCUCAUUCUUUGCACUCAAUGCCAGCUGAUGGUCAGCUAGAUGGCACGUAUCCACCACCUGUCCAUGACGACAAUGUGUCUAUGGCUUCGUCUGGGGCCACCCAAGCUGAACUUAUGACCUUAACCAUUGUGAAAGGUGCCCAGGGCUUUGGCUUCACCAUUGCCGAUAGUCCUACAGGACAGCGGGUGAAACAAAUACUUGACAUUCAGGGAUGCCCUGGCCUGUGUGAAGGCGACCUCAUUGUUGAGAUCAACCAGCAGAAUGUACAGAAUCUGAGCCAUACGGAAGUAGUGGAUAUACUUAAGGACUGUCCCAUUGGAAGCGAGACUUCUUUGAUUAUCCAUCGAGGAGGUUUCUUUUCUCCAUGGAAAACUCCAAAGCCUAUAACAGACCGAUGGGAGAACCAAGGCAGUCCUCAAACAAGUCUAUCUGCUCCGGCCAUACCGCAGAACCUGCCCUUCCCACCCGCCCUUCACAGGAGUUCCUUUCCUGACUCAACAGAGGCCUUUGACCCCAGGAAGCCUGACCCUUAUGAGCUCUACGAGAAAUCUAGAGCCAUUUAUGAAAGUAGGCAACAAGUGCCACCAAGGACCAGUUUUCGAAUGGAUUCCUCUGGUCCAGAUUAUAAGGAGCUGGAUGUUCACCUUCGCAGGAUGGAGUCUGGAUUUGGCUUCAGAAUCCUCGGGGGAGAUGAGCCUGGGCAGCCUAUUUUGAUUGGAGCCGUCAUUGCCAUGGGCUCAGCUGACAGAGAUGGCCGCCUACACCCAGGAGACGAGCUCGUCUAUGUCGACGGGAUUCCAGUGGCUGGCAAGACCCACCGCUAUGUCAUCGACCUUAUGCACCAUGCAGCCCGGAACGGGCAGGUCAACCUCACUGUGAGAAGAAAGGUGCUAUGUGGAGGGGAGCCCUGCCCAGAAAACGGGAGAAGUCCAGGCUCCGUAUCAACCCACCACAGCUCUCCACGCAGUGACUACGCAACCUACACCAACAGCAACCACGCUGCCCCCGGUAGCAACGCCUCUCCCCCCGAAGGCUUUGCCUCCCACAGCCUGCAGACCAGCGAUGUGGUCAUUCACCGCAAAGAGAAUGAAGGCUUUGGCUUUGUCAUCAUCAGCUCCCUGAACAGGCCUGAGUCUGGAUCCACUAUAACUGUGCCCCAUAAAAUUGGACGCAUCAUUGAUGGGAGUCCUGCAGAUCGCUGUGCAAAACUAAAAGUGGGAGACCGGAUCUUAGCAGUGAACGGCCAGUCUAUCAUCAAUAUGCCGCACGCAGACAUCGUGAAGCUCAUUAAGGACGCAGGUCUUAGUGUCACCCUUCGCAUCAUUCCUCAGGAGGAGCUCAGCAGCCCAGCCUCAGCACCCAGCUCAGAGAAGCAGAGCCCCAUGGCCCAGCAGCACAGCCCCUUGGCCCAGCAGAGUCCUCUGGCCCAGCCAAGCCCUGCCGCCCCCAACAGUCCUGUCACCCAACCAGCUCCUCCUCAGCCACUUCAGUUGCAAGGACAUGAAAACAGUUACAGGUCAGAAGUAAAAGCGAGGCAAGAUGUGAAACCAGACAUCCGACAGCCUCCGUUCACGGACUACAGGCAGCCCCCACUGGACUACAGGCAGCCCCCAGGAGGGGACUACCAGCAACCCCCACCCUUGGACUAUAGGCAACCUCCCCUGCUGGACUACAGGCAGCACUCCCCUGACACCAGGCAGUACCCUCUGUCAGACUACAGGCAGCCCCAGGAUUUUGAUUAUUUCACUGUGGACAUGGAGAAAGGAGCCAAAGGAUUUGGAUUCAGCAUUCGUGGAGGAAGGGAAUACAAAAUGGAUUUGUACGUGUUGAGAUUGGCAGAAGAUGGGCCAGCAAUAAGGAAUGGAAGGAUGAGGGUCGGAGAUCAAAUCAUUGAAAUCAAUGGGGAGAGCACAAGAGACAUGACACACGCCAGAGCGAUAGAACUCAUCAAAUCCGGAGGAAGAAGAGUGAGGCUGCUGCUGAAGCGCGGGACGGGGCAGGUCCCGGAGUAUGACGACCCCAGCGCCUGGAGCCCUGCCGCCGCCGGCCCAGCUCUGCCGGAAGUAGGCGUCUCGCCCGAGGACGUCCUCUCGCCAUUCUCUCCAUUGCAUCCCGUCCCCCCCUCCGACCCUGCCCUCCAGAUGAGCCCAGACCCGGCUUGGGAUAGCAAAAGGGAACACGACGUUAGGAAACCAAAGGAGCUUUCGGCCGGCGGCCAGAAGAAGCAGCGCCUCGGGGAGCAGAGGGAGCGCUCGACCAGCCCGCAGAAGGCCGCGCGGCCGAGGCUCGAGGAGGCGCCCGGCGGCCAGGGCCGGCCCGAGCCCGCUGCCGGGCGGCCUGAAGCCCGGCGCCUCCGCCGCGGGCCGGUGAACCGCGCCCCGCGCCUCGGCGCCCGCAGGCCGCUCUUCUUGGGUCCCGUCUCCCGGUGA